CUUGGAGUGUCCGCCUUCUAGGCUGGUCUGCUUUGUCCAUGCUGCUCGCGUCGACGACGCAAGCGGCAUCACCCACAGUGAAGGUGAACGGGACGAGCAUCGUAGGGAGCUCACAGGCUGUCGGUGGCCUCAUCGGCGUCGACUUUUUCGGAGGGAUUCCGUUUGCGAAACCGCCAUUGGGUGAAUUGCGCUUCGCGCCACCCGUGGAGAUCGACACCCUCGGUGUGCCCACGUUCAACGCCACAGAGUUCGGCGCGCCUUGCGUGCAGUUCAAUCUUACGGGCGUCUCGGAGGACUGCUUGACGUUGAACAUCUACCGCCCUUCCGAAGCUCUGCUCCCUACAAACGCCUCGGUUCCUGUGCUGUUCUGGAUCUACGGGGGCGGCUUUCUCGAAGGCGAGACGUCCAUCUACGACGCGACCGAGAUUAUUGUACAGAGCGUCUUGAGGGGGACACCGAUCGUAUACGUCAGCGUGAACUACCGCGUGGGGCCCUUUGGAUUCCCACAAGGCACGGAGGCUGCCCAGCUUGGAGCAUUGAAUGUCGGACUGAAGGAUCAGCUUGCGGGGCUGUCGUGGGUGCAGAAGCACAUCAGCGCGUUUGGAGGCGAUCCUACAAAGGUCACGAUAUUCGGACAGAGCGCUGGUUCCAUAUCCAUCGCACAGUUGUAUCUUAACUCUGGCUUAGAGAAAUAUGGUGUACGAGGUGCAAUCUUCGAAUCGGGUUCUGCUGGGAGCUUGCCAAUCUUUGACGCCUCCCGCCGCGAAGUCGUGUGGGACUCCUUCGUGGGCAACACGACGGCGUGCACGGACGCGACGGCAGGAGCCACUUUUGGGUGCUUGCGUAACGCAACCACGUCUGACCUUCUCUCAUCCUGGGAGACGAUUGCGGCGCUCUUCCCUGAGCCUUUCCUCUUCAGCCCUGUCAUCGACGGACCGAAUGGCAUCAUCCCCGAUCUUCCAUCCAAGCUGCUCGCAGCCGGUCACUUCUCCAAGAUCCCGUUCAUUGCCGGUACCGUACUGGACGAAGGCACAGACUUCGUCCCCCAGUCGAUCUCGUCCGAACAGGAACUGAUUGAGUUCCUUGUCAUCUCCGACAACCCUUUCAACCCGACGCUCUCGACCAAGUUCCAACAGGACAUCGCUACCCUCCUGCAGCUCUACCCCGACAUUCCUGCUCUCGGCUCGCCGUUCGGAACCGGAAACGAGACGUUCGGCUUGAGCAGCGAAUACAAGCGCGCGUCGGCACUGUUGGGUGAUGCAUCAUUCCAGGCCCCUCGUCGAGAGUGGAUCCAGACGGCGGCCGCGGAGGGGGUCACCACGUACGGAUAUAUCUUCACCGAUCAGCAUGCUGCCGCAGCCGAUCCUGCCGCAGGAGUGCAGCAUGCUUCCGAGAUUCCGUACGUGUACGGCGACCCUACGGUUACUGAAAGCAAUAUGGGAGUUGGAGUGCUGGCGACGUCCAUGACGCACUACUGGAUCUCGUUCGCUGUGAGCGGUACGCCUAACGAUGGCAAGGGCCUUCCGAGAACCGCGUGGCCGCAAUACCAACCGAAUAAUCAGGUGCUUAUUCAGUUCGACACCACCAACCUGACCUCGGACUUGUCGAAGGCGACCUUCGCUAUCAUCCCAGACACAUAUCGUGCACAACAGAUAUCUUUUAUCAACUCUAUCUCGGCCGAUCUUGGAGAAUAGGUGUGGUAGUCUCGAUACGCAGACUAAGCGGAGAACUUUGAGGACGUAGCUAUAGCCUUCCUCUUGGGUAUCUCCCAGACGCAUAAUCAAUUCCUCUUUCC